UGUUUGUGAUGCCACGCUGCGGCGCCUGCUCAGUGCGCUUCCACCGCCGCUGCUCGGAUCAGGGACCAGCAGCUGCUCUGUCCCAUACUGCUGUCUGAUGUUAAACCUAUGGAUUGACGGAGGGAGGCUUUUGUUGUGGUUUGUUCUGCUGGAGCUGCACUUUCACCGGAGAAUGCCCAGAGGAGCCGGAGCCGUGUUACUGCACGGAUAGCGCAGAAAUACACCAGAGAAUCACGGUACUGACAUGAAGAAAGACAUUGAGACUCUAAUAGCAGAGGAACGAGCUGAUAUCAUCUUGAAGUAUGCUACGGAUGAAGAGUUCAAACGCGGUCGAUUUUGUGGUGAAAGAAACCAACAAACACUCCAAGGACGACCAACGUGUGAAUACAAAUGGCAGGCAGGGCGGGGUGGAGAUCGACCCCUGGGAGGAUGCUGACUACAGUAUCUACAAAGUCAUCGACCGCUUCGGCUUCAUGCACGAGGACGAGCUGCCGGCUCCGACAGCACACGAGGAAAAGAGGAAGCAGCUGGAGAUCGAGAGAGCGGAGAAGUGGCUGAAGAUGGUGAAGAAGUGGGAUAAGUACAAGAACAGUGACAGGAUGGUCAAACGGGUUUAUAAGGGCAUUCCCCUGCAGCUCCGAGGCCGAGCCUGGGCACUGAUGCUGGACGUGGAGAGGGCGAAGAAAGACAACGAGGGCAAAUACGAGAAAAUGAAGGAGCAGGCCAGACUGUACUCGUCUGAGAUCAAACAGAUUGACCUGGACAUCAACAGGACGUUUCGAAACCACAUCAUGUUCAUGGAUCGCUUCGGAGUCAAGCAGCAAUCUCUCUUCCACGUCCUCGCUGCAUAUUCAGUCUACAACACAGAGGUGAGUUACUGCCAGGGGAUGAGUCAGAUCGCCGCCCUGCUGCUGAUGUACAUGAAUGAGGAGGACGCCUUCUGGGCCCUGUCACAGCUGCUGACCAAUCAGAGGCACGGCAUGCACGGAUUUUUUGUGCCCGGUUUUCCCAAACUCCAGCGUUUCCAGGCACAUCAUGAUCAGAUUAUUUCUAAACUCAUCCCCAAGCUGAAGAAACAUCUGGAUAAGGAGCAGAUGUCUGCUGGGAUCUACUGCACUAAAUGGUUCCUACAGUGUUUCAUUGACAGGACGCCGUUCACACUGACCCUCCGUCUGUGGGACAUUUUCAUCCUGGAGGGAGAGAGGCUCCUCACCGCCAUGUCCUACACCAUCCUGAAGAUACACAAGAAGCGUCUGUUAAAGAUGUCUCUGGAGGAGCUCAGAGAGUUCCUGCAGGAGCGGAUCGCUCAAACUUUCUUCUACACCGAUGACGUGAUCGUCGAGCAGCUUCAGGCCUCCAUGACUGAACUGAGGAAGAUGAAGCUGGACCUUCCUCCUCCAGGGAAGCCUGAGGAGCUGCCUCGUAAGCCUCUGGGUCAGGAGCUGCCGGUGCUGUUGAGUCCCUCGAGAGGGAAGGCGUCUUCAGCCAGCGGGUUCCCCAGAGCUGGUCUGAGCCUCCACAUUAUCUCCCACCAUCCUGACACCAUCUCUCCUGACCAGAGCCCCUCCAAGGACCCCCGAGAACUCGAAGCUGCAGGCGAGGAGGAGGCUCCGCUCCCAUCUCCAGACCCCAUCAUCAUCCACAGCCAGGCCCCGCUUACCCCUGACGGCUCUCCGCUGACUGGACCCCCACCUUACCAGCCUCCAGAGAGUCACACUGAGGAUCAUCCAUCACCUUCAGACCAGAUGAGGGAGGAAACAAAACCACAGAUUACAGAUUCACCCACUCACUCCACAGACGACUCCUCUCUGACCACACGAUCAGCCGUCAACACCGAACAAUCCUCCUGCAAGCUCCCCCGGACUGUUUCAGCCCCCGUAGCCCAGGCGGUCUCACCGUCCUUGGGUCUGGUUCAGUCUGAGAGUCUCUCUGCAGCAGAGAGGGCUGAGGACCGGUACCUGGUUCAGCUGCUGGAGCAGGCCUCAGCUCUGACAAACAGACACCUGACCCAUGACUCCAGUGAGGCAUCAGAGGAAACACAGCCGACGGAUGUUUCUUGAAAUGAGCAUUCAUUUAUUGGAGGAUGUGUCCCGUGGUGGCGCUGAACGGUUCUGUGAAGGUCACAUGUUUGGUGGAUUAUUUAUCAAUCAGAUACCGGAUUAAAUCAUGAUAUCAGUUUAGAGACAACUCUUAUUUCUUUGAAGUUUUUUCAUGACCUUAACCAGCCAGAUUUAAAAACAGUUUUCAUGUAAAUUACUGUUUUUACAUAAGUAGAUGUGGGAAGAGAGAACUGGACUCCCUGUUUGUUACAGAAACUCCAAAAGGCAGCAGGGUCAACAGCUAGAGACCUCCAGAAUAAAUUUAAGGAGCCACACUGCAAGAUUAGCAACAGUUUAUGUAAAGUUGAUAUAAUCCAGUGGUUUUCAAACUUUUAGCCUAAGGAAUAACUAAGAGCAAGCCAAAAGCUCAAGGCACACCAUAUCCAUGCCUCCCUCAAACUUUUUAGAGUAUCUUUAGUUGUGGUAGUUGUAGUAUUGAUGCAUGAUUGUAAAAAACUCCUAUGCCAAAUCAAGACUUGCCUCACUAUUUGAGAACCACUGAUCUGAUCCAAUAAAGGCCAUCGUCCACAGCUGGUGCUUAAGUGCGGGCAGCACCUGCAGCCCCAGUUUAUUUAUUGUUGUUCAUGUCUGAAAGUUGACUUCUGCAUUCCCUUGUUACAUUGGUAACAUUAUUUACAAAUAGGUCUGUAUGCUUUAUAUUUAUAUUUUCAAGGAAAUAUCACCACAAAACAAGGAAAAAAUGAAAAUAAAUGCUGUCCAGGCAGAGGCAGCAGAUUCUAGACCUGGAACUUUAGCCUUGAAAAGACAAGUCAGAUCGGUUUCUCCACUGGCAUUAUCAUCUUUUUGUAUAAAAUUUAUUAGGAUAGUCAAAAACAAACAGGAGACAUGAGGAGAGAGAGGAGAUAACAGGGGAAGACAUCCACCAAACAUGCACCAAACAAAGAAUCAAUCCUGUGACCAGGCAUGAAGAUAUAGGCUCAACGAAUGGGCCCCUGCUCUUUCCUAUAAUACUAUAAGAGAUUUCCAAAACACUCAAAUCCCUUCAAAUUUCCUUAAAAGGUUUUGAACAUUUUUUUAAAACUCACUUUGAAAAACAACCAUUAACAUUAAUUUCCAAAAUGUUUCAGUGAAACUUUCUGAAAAAGUCGAUAAGAUUUCAAUAAUAAAAAUUCCCGCUGGGCGUGCACAUGGUCGAGUGGUUUAGGAGCACACCAUGUACGUGGGCGGCCCUGGUUCCGGCCUAUGGCCCUUUACCACAUGUCUCUCCCCACUCUCUUCCCUGUUUCAGAGUCUAUCCACUG